CAUAUGUAUUUCUACAUAGUAAUGCAUUGAAACUAUAUACAGUAUAGAGCGUGUAUAAAAAAGAAGCAAAAGAAAUCGAAACAAAAUCCACGGAUAGAAUUUAUAAACAUAUUUCGUGGACGACUCACAGACGAGCAAGAUAACAAUGAUAACUCAACAAAAACUUUAUUUGUGCGCUUACAAUGCAAUAGAAGUGUUAGGUUGGUCUUGGAUAUUAUAUAUAUUGGUAUCUCAUUAUGGAGAUAGUUCAUCAAAUAUUAAACUUUGGGAUAAAAUUUGGGUUCCUUUAUUUAUUUUUCAAAGUUCUGCUUAUCUUGAGGUAAUACAUGCUAUAAUGAAAUUAGUUCGAUCCAAUCCAAUGAUAAUACUGGCACAAAUUUCUAGUCGUGUAUUUAUUUGUGUUAUAUUAUUGUCAUUACCAUCGGAUUACAUUGGAUCAUCGAUUAUUUUACCAUAUACUUUCAUAUCUUGGUGUAUUGCAGAAAUUACUAGAUAUUCUUAUUACUUUAUGAAUCUUAUUGGAUAUAUACCAUAUUUUCUAACGUGGUUGAGAUACUCUUUAUUUAUGGUACUUUAUCCAAUUGGUAUAAGUGGAGAAAUUCUGUGUAUGUAUAAAGUAAUUGUUUAUUCCAUGUCUAAUCCAAAACUAUGGAGUUAUACAUUGCCUAAUCAAUGGAACUUUACAUUCAGUUUUUUGUACAUUUUAAUAAUGGUCCUAUUAGUAUAUAUUCCAGGUUCACCCAUAUUAUAUAAACACAUGCUUUUGCAAAGACAGAAAAUGUUAAAUACAAACGUUAAAGCAGAAAAAGUGAAAUAG